CUGAAUCCCCUGUGCCAAAUUGUUGAACCUUCCCGGCUUUCCCAGCUCGAAGCCCUAACGACCUAAAACCCUAAACCCUCCUAGACCUAACGACAAUUCAAACCUCUCCCAACACAAUGAGAAGAAUUUGCCCCUCCUUACUCUACUUGUGUCGCUAUGCUCUUCCAGAACCCGAUUUUCUUCUUCUCAGGUCUAUCUGUUCUUCUGCUGCAGGUGUAAGACAGGCUGCCCAACUCACUUCAGAAGAACUCACAAAGAUCAAUCUCCUUAUACCUCGUCUCUGCGAGUCCAAUCAUCUGCCAGAAGCCAUUCGUCUGGUAGAUGCAGCACUCCUUACAAACCCACCUCUCAAUUCCCUUUCCCUCUCUAUCCUCAUUGAUCGCAUUUCGGAAGAGCCUGACAUGACCCAGUCUAUGGCCCUCCUCACCCGGCUCAAGUACAACCCUAAUGCCCAUCCUGCUCUCAGACCCAUCAACCAUAUGCUCCUCGUUUCUUAUUUCAAGAAGCAUAAAUUCAAGGAAGCAAUGAAAGUAUUUAAUUGGAUGUCCAGACCGGAUUCACCUUGUACUCCGGAUGCAGGUGUGUAUGGAGUUGUCAUUGGGGGGUUUUGUAGGCAUUGGAAGACUUUGGAGGCUUUGAAGGUUCUUCGGGCUAUGGUUGGCGCAAAUGUGGUAGUUGCUAAUGAUUUGCGAACUCAGAUUUAUAGAAGCUUGUUGAGGGAGGCACGGAUUACUGAAGCACAGCAGUUGAAUGAGGCUCUUGAUUGUGUUCAAGGUGGAAAGGAGGGUGUUCAAAAUAUUGUAGAAUUGCUGGAUCGGAUGAUUGAGAAUUGGAUGGAGUAGAGAAGGAGAAUUCCUUCCUGGAAUUUGGUUCCCAGCAGGUCCAUCCUAUUAAAGACCGUGAUCCUCCUCUUCCUGCGACGGGAAAGGAAACGGAUUUCCGUUCUCUUCCCCCCAGGUAUGGCAGUAAAUUUUUGUUUUUGGGUACUAAUGUGGAUUCGCUGUCUCAUGCCAAUUCUCCAGGUUCCCAGCCUCUCUAUUUGCCGCCGGCCGUGGAUGCAAAAAAGAUUAACAGUGAAAUUGGGGGUGAGGCUAUAGUUGUUGAAGAGAUGGGAGAAAGAAUUUGGGGUUUAAUUGAACAUCAUUUGGAAGAAAUGACGAGGAAGGAGCUAGAGGAAAAUAAACACAUAGAGAAUAAGGAAGAUAUGAACAGGGGGGAAGUAUUGAUUGCUGACAAAAAGGAAGAAGACAGGACAAAAAGUAUUGUGGAGAAGUUGGGUUGUAAGGUGAAGAAUCCCAAUGACUUAAAAGCCUACUUAAGGACCAAGAAAACUGAGGUGAAGGUGAGAAAAAGGAAGAUGAGUGAGGUGGAGAGGUUAAUGCUAGAUGUGAAGGGAGAUAGAGAGUUUAGUGAGAGGAAGGCUAGGAGAAGAGGGGGCAAGUAAUUAAGGGGGCUGAGGUAAGGGAUAUAAAAUCAAAGUGACCUGAUGAAAAUGAUCAGUUGGAAUGUUCGAGGUUUAGGGAGCACGAGGAAGAGAGCCAUAAUAAAAGAAUUGCUGAAGAAGGAGAAGCCGAAUGUUGUUUUGUUGCAAGAGACUAAGCUUUCGACAUUUGAUGACAGAUGGGCUAGAAGUAUAUGGAGGUCUAGGGGCUCCUCAAGUGGUAUGGUGGUACUAUGGAAGAGGAACAUGUUGAUGGGAAAAGAGGAAUUGAUGGGGAAGUUUACAGUGUCUCUUAAAUUUCAAAAUGAAGAGGAUGGUUUUGAAUGGGUGUUAACUUGCAUUUACGGACCUAAUGGGUAUAGGGAGGAAUGAAAUGUGGGAAGAGCUUGAAGAUGUACAGGGAUUGUGGGAUGGACUAUGGUGUAUUGGAGGGGACUUCAAUGUGAUAAGAUUUGUUGAGGAGUCUAAUAAGAUGAGACAAAGAGAAACCACAAGUAUGAGGAAGUUUAAUGAAUUCAUAAACAAUUGUGAAUUGAAGGAGUUGUCCCUUGUGAGUAGUAACUUCACUUGGUCUAAUAUUCAAUCAAACCCAAUUUUUUCUAAGCUCGAUAGAUUCUUAUUUACAGUGGAUUGGGAAGCCCACUGGGGAGGGUUGGUCUCUAUGGAUUUUCCUAGGUUAACCUCUGAUCACUGGCCUAUCUCUUUAUCCAAGGUUGAGCUAAGAGGAAAUGCCCCUACCCCGUUUCAGUUUGAGAACAUGUGGCUUAGUCACCAAGGGUUUAGAGAAAAGGUAAAGGAUUGGCGAAUGGAGAUUAAUACUAGUGAUACGUGGGAGGGUAUGAAAUUUCAGCAUAAGCUUAAAGAGUUGAAAGCAAAGAUCAGGAUUUGGAAUGCUCAACAAUUUGGCAGAUUAGAAAAGAAAAAACAAGAGGUAAUUGACAAUAUUGAGAUAUUGGAUAAUAAGGAAAAUGAUGGAAUUUUUGGAGAAAAAGAAAAGCAAGAGAGAGGGAGGCUGAGAAAGAAAUUGGAGGAUAUUCUUUUUAAAGAAGAGAUCUCAUGAAGGCAGAAAUCUAGGCAAACCUGGUUAAAGGAUGGGGAUAGAAACACAAAUUUUUUCCACGCCUUAGCUAAUGACAGGAGGAGGAAAAAUUACAUUUACAAAUUGGAAGUUGAAGGGGAGACUAUUGAUCAACAAUUUGAAAUUGCUAGUGCUAUUGUUAACCAUUUCAAGUCGACAUUAAGAAAAUCUCUCUCUAGAAGACUUGGUGUGGAAGGUUGGAGUGGCCAAGAAUUGAGGAUGAUCAAAAAAGAUGGUUAGAAAGAAGGUUUGACUUGCUCUAUUCCAUUUCCCUUCACAAACAUGAGCCAAUUGCAACUUUUCUCCCGAGCCCAUUAAACCCCUUAUCUUUAAACUGGGACUUUGGGUUUCGUAGAGGGUUAAGGGAUGGUGAGUCAAAUUGUGUUAUUGAGCUAAUUCAUUUACUAGAAUCCGUUUGCUUGGACCCCACUUCUUCUGAUCAAAGGGUUUGGACUCCUCUUCCAAAAGGUAC